CAGUCAAUAUAAUUUCAAUAUCCAGGUUCCUGAGUAGUUACGACUCGAGAUUCAGCGUAACAGAAGACUUGAACAGAAUCCAGCAGUCCACAGCAAGUGUGGAUGAAACAAGGGUGGACUAUAUUUUGGCUGCUGUCGACAGCGCAAGAAAAGCAUUCCCUUGUCAUUUAGCUCAGAGAAAGAAUGUUGAUCCACAAGGGAGUGGUGAAAACGUUACGCUCAGGGGCAGUGAUGUUGAUAACCAAGUUAAUGGACGUUUGAAUGAAUGGAGAGAAGAACGUAUUUCAGAUGUAAAUGGAUUUGUGGAAUGUAAGAACGAGGGAGCAACAUCCAAAACUGUGAAUGAAGUGGAGUUGUUUUCCAUGGUGACACACAUUCAAGAUCUUCUGCCAGGACUGGGGGAUGGGUUCGUUAUUCUGUGUUUGGAGGAACUGAACUACGAUGUUGAACAAGUCGUUAACUUACUACUGGAAGACAAUCUCCCACCUUCCCUUCAAAACGCAAACAGGAGCUUGUCCAAAGAACAGUUACUGAAAGACAGAAAACCGCCCGAGACAACUGUCCUUGAGCAAAGACACUCGGUCUUUGAUAAAGAUGAAUUUGAUGUUUUUUCAGGCAACAAAGUCGAUGUAAGAAAAGUUCAAAAAGGCAAACGUCGCGACAGAGCAAAUCUUAAGAACUUGUUAUCUGAUAAGAGUCACAUCACAGAAUCGGUGAAGGAGAGGUAUUCUGCUUACGAUGUGUUUAAUAGACACGUGCGCAUUGCCAAUUUGUAUGAUGACGAGUACGAUGAUACGUAUGAUUCUCACAAUGUGGGAGCGCAAGAUGCUGACUCAGCAGAUGAGCUGACAAUACGAAGGCCAUUUACUAUUCCACGAGUUCUUGGCGGCUCUCCAGUACCAUCAGAUGACGAAGAUGAAGACAGCGACGAGGACAGUUCAUCAGAAGAAGGCAAAGCGAAAGCAGAGGAGCCAGAAGUAGACAAAGCUCUUAUUAAUCGAAGACAACGCGGUAGAGGAAUACAGAAGAAAGAAGGGAAGGAGGGAGAAGCUGCGACAGGGGGGCAAAGGGGAGGACCCAAAGGGCGUGGCAGGGGUGUAAGUGCUGCUGAGCAGAAAAACAGAGCCCAUAAUGAGCGCAAUAAAGGAAUGAGGGCCAAUCACAAUCGUAAGGCGGGGGCAGAAAGAAAGAGAGCUAAAGGCAUGGGAAUGCUGUCACAUCGGUGACACUGUUUUCUUUGUCGUGACUUAUGGAAGAGACUGCACUUUUCAAGACAAAGGCUUUUCCAGAAAACUCAUGUUAUGAACUAUAGUAUCUUUAUUAUUAUUAGUAGUAGUAGUAGUAGUAGUAGUAGUAUUAGUAUUAGU